GGUCUAAAAUCAGAAAACAAAAGAAAAAUCAUUCCAAAAUCCCAUCUCCUUUUUCCUCCAAUAAUUUAAUUGCUUUCAAAUUCGAAUGCUUAUCGAGUUCGGUUCAGGUUCGGAUUCGGUGAGUCGCUGGAUUUAAAAUUGAUGAUAGAUCUUCGUAAGAAUCAUCGCUGUUGCCGCCGCUGCCGCCGCCGCCACCGUCACUGUCCUACAAAUCUAUGGAAAUCAGGUUUCUGUCGGAUGCGAUGGCCGAUCCGUCUGAUCGCGGCAAAUCCUGAUCAACAGGUGUAUGUUUCUACGGCAUUGUAGAGGCGCAGGUUUGGAUCUGAUAGCUGUUGGAUUGGAAAUUGAUGAUAGGCCUCUGCAAUGACAACCUGAUUCUCGACCGUCUCAACCGCCGUCGUCGUCGCCGUCGCCAUCACCACCGUCCCAGUAAUCCAUGGAGAUUGGGUUGUCGCAGGCAGUCCUGAUGCUUCCGCGGCGGCCCCUUCCCCACAGCGCUCUCAGAUGGAAUGGCAGAUUUAUCUAGUCGUGGGAAUCCUGAUCGUGACGCCGAGCAGGCCCUUAUUGCUUUGAAGAAAGGUAGCCAAAUAAUCAAAUACAGUCGGAAAGGAAAACCAAAAGUCCGCCCUUUCAGACUUUCUGCUGACGAAACAACUCUAAUUUGGUUCUCUCAUAAAAAAGAAAAGAGCAUCAAAUUAGCCUCUGUCUCAAAAAUCAUUCCUGGACAGAGAACUGCUGUUUUCAAGAGGUUCUUACGUCCCGAGAAAGAUUAUUUGUCAUUUUCCCUUAUCUACAAGAACGGUGAACGGUCCCUCGAUCUGAUUUGCAAAGAUCAAAGAGAAGCGGAGGCGUGGUUUGCAGGCCUCAAGUCUCUCAUCACUCCAGGUCAAGGCAGAAAUUCGCGGACCAACGGACAAAGUGAUGGGCUAGCAUUUUCCGAUGAUGGUGGUUCUGUUCGAAAUGCUCGCGCCUAUGGUGCAGGACUAGACAUUUACUCUAGCGUGCCUUCCUUCAAUUCCGGUAGAUCAGAUGUGGGUUCCGACCGCGCAAAUAUGCAACUAAGAGCAAGUGCGGGAGGCGAUGGCAGUCGGCUUAGCGUUUCCAGUGCUCCGAGUUCCUCAAGCCAAGGCUCCGGGCCCGACGACGUCGAAUCGUUGGGCGACGUUUACGUCUGGGGAGAAGUAUGGAGCGACGGCAUCUCAGCAGACGGACGCUCAAACGCCCCUUGCACGAAAAUCGAUAUCCUGCUUCCGAAGCCCUUAGAGUCGAGUGUCGUCUUGGAUGUCCAUCAAAUUGCGUGCGGCUCUCGACAUGCAGCUUUAGUUACUAGACAAGGGGAAGUGUUCACUUGGGGUGAGGAAAUCGGUGGGAGGCUCGGCCAUGGAACAGACCUGGAUGUGACUCGACCUAAGCUCGUCGAAUCUUUAGCGGUGUCCAAUGUCGAUUACGUCGCAUGCGGCGAGUUCCACACGUGUGCGAUAACUGCUUCCGGUGAUGUGUAUACCUGGGGGGAUGGUGCAUACAAUGCCGGGCUUCUCGGCCACAGUAGUAAUGUCAGCCACUGGAUUCCUAAGAGAGUUUCUGGCGCUUUAGAAGGCCUUCAAGUUUUGUCUAUCGCCUGCGGCAUGUGGCAUUCGGCACUGGCCACUUCAAACGGAAAGGUGUUCACUUUCGGUGACGGAACCUUUGGCGUUCUGGGUCACGGCGAUCGCGCGAGUGUCGCAUACCCGAAAGAAGUAGAGUCGUUAAGUGGAUUUAGAACACUGAAAGUUGCGUGCGGAGUAUGGCAUACCGCGGCGAUUGUCGAGGUAAAUCAGACGGGUGUGAAUGUUGUUUCUAGGAAGUUAUUUACUUGGGGAGAUGGCGAUAAGCAUCGGUUAGGGCAUGGGGAUAAAGAGGCAAGGUUAAUCCCUACUUGUGUCCCCUCGCUUAUCGACUAUAACUUUCAUCAGCUGGCCUGUGGGCAAACUAUUACUGUCGGCCUUACUACAUCCGGGCAUGUUUUCACGAUGGGUAGUACUAACUAUGGCCAACUGGGGAAUCCACAGUCGGACGGUAAAGUCCCCUGCUUGGUUCAAGAUAGACUAGUGGGCGAAUUAAUCGAAGAGAUCUCAUGCGGAUCUAACCACGUCGCUGUUUUGACCUCACGAAGUGAAGUAUAUACAUGGGGUCGAGGCGCUAAUGGUCGUUUGGGACACGGUGAUGUUGAAGAUCGAAAAACUCCCACUUUAGUCGAAGCCCUAAAAGAUAGACAUGUGAAGAGCAUUUCAUGCGGAUCGAAUUUCACGGCAUGCAUUUGCAUUCAUAAGUGGGUUUCCAGCGCAGAGCAAUCGGUAUGCUCGGGGUGUCGGCAAGCAUUUGGGUUUACUAGAAAGAGGCAUAACUGCUAUAAUUGUGGAUUGGUUCAUUGCCAUGCUUGUAGCUCGAGAAAAGUAUUGAAGGCCGCUCUGGCCCCGACCCCUGGCAAACCGCAUCGAGUGUGCGAUUCGUGCUACAUGAAACUUAAAGCAUCGGAAGCGAGUAGUGCUGCUGCGGCUAAUAAAAGAAAUAUUAUCACUCGCCGAUCGAUCGAUACACGGGAGAGGUUAGAUAGGCCAGAAGUAAGGACUUCGAGGCUACUAUUGUCUCCUUCGACAGAACCCGUCAGGUACGUUGAGGUGAGAUCGGUGAAGAAUGAGAUGAAAACAGAUUCUCUUUCUUUGAUCCGAGCAUCUCAGGUUCCUUCUUUGCUGCAACUCAAAGAUAUUGCUUUUCCUAGUUCGCUUAGCGCGCUUCAAACUGCUUUAAGACCUAUAGUCACAUCAACACCUGCACCUGCCAAUAAUAAUAUACCUCCUUCUCCAUACCCGAGGAGGCCGAGUCCUCCGCCUAAUGCAACUCCAAUGUACUCUAAAAGUGUCAUUGAUAGCCUGAAGAAGACCAAUGAGCUGUUGAAUCAGGAAGUUCUGAAGUUGCAAACUCAGGUGAAAAGUUUAAGACAUAAAAGUGAAAUUCAAGAUGAAGCACUGCAGAAGUGCGAACGGAAGGCUAACAAAGCUGCUUCGCUAGCUGCAGAAGAAUCUGCCAAGUGCAAUGCUGCAGUGGGUCUUGUAAAGUCUUUUGAAUCCCAGCUGAAAGAUGUGGCAGAGAAACUGCCUCCUGAGUUCGGCAACAGUGUAAAAGCCUUACAAAUCCAAGCGGAGUCUCUGCUAAAAGAUUAUAAGAGCCGCGCUUCGGAAAUUUCUCCUUCCUUGCCAGUUGAUUCAUCAGAAAAUGAUCAUCCUCGCCUUUCAAAUGAUGGAGCGAUUGAUAUCUCCGAAAGAGCGAUAAAUAACGGGGAUGAGUCAGUGUUAUUACAGAAUUCUGCUGAUACAGCGCAGCAAAAUGCAGAAAACAGUUCAAAAGUACCUAUAGAUUUUGCUCCCAAGUAUGGAAGUCAGGGAGAAGUGCAACUGAUCGAGCAAUUUGAGCCUGGCGUAUACGUAACAUUGAUUCAGCUCCGAGAUGGUACUAAAGUUUUCAAGCGGGUCCGAUUCAGCAAGAGGAGAUUUGUCGAGCAGCAGGCCGAAGAAUGGUGGAAGGAAAAUCAAGAAAGGGUGUUGAAAAAGUACAACUACCCCCUUCAUCAGGCAGCUCCAGCGCCACCCACGAUUGCGCCGCCCGCUGCUGAAGAAGAGACUGCGUCAUCUGAGACUUAGAUUCAUUACAUAACAUUAGAGAAGUUCGAAUACCAAUCUCGUAGAAGGAAGAAUCCUUAUUCGAACUGCGAUCAUUUUUUGGAACAGUAGUGUGAGAGAUGCAGGAUUAAAAGUAGCAAAAACACUUCUUCUUUUUUUUCAUUCUUAUGAUCUCUCCUUGUAUCUUAAUAUAUUUUUGUUCCAUAUCUUUUAUUUUGUUAUUUCGAUCUCUUAUUCUUUGUUGCUCUUUUUCCAUCUCUACCGUUGUUUCGGUAGCUUGUUCUUCAUGAUCUUGAUCAGUUGAUGCUGAGUACAAAGAAACAAAGUUGAAACCAU